AUGAUGAUCCCUGCACGAGUGGCCGUCUUCUUCCUUCUCGCGUGCGCUCUCCUGUAUUCAGCACCAACAAAUGCAAAAGAAAAAAACGCAGUAAAAAAAGAAGGAAACUUUUUUCAAAAGUUAAGGAACAAAUUAAUAAACUACAUAGCAAAGAAGAAAAAGUUUGACUCGAACGGAUGGGUAGAUUUGUCCCUACUGCAGGAGCAGGAUGAGAACUUCGAACCCAUCGACCUACGUAUCCAGGAUGAUAAGGUUAUUUGUAACGCGAAUAACCAAAUUAUGGAAGUAACUGUAGUCAAUCAGAAGUUGCUAAAACAUACGGUCGAUGCGUCUUAUCACGAGCUAAUAGUGCACAGUAAAAACACACCUCCCGAUGGGACGGUACAUUCCGUAAUCCCUUUAAUGAAAAUGAAGACGAAGCAAAACCAGGGGGGGAAAAAUGCACCUGCAAAACAAUCAUGGUUGUCCCCUGUGUAUGCAUUUCCCCCCAAUUUUGAGGGUUAUAUUGUAUGCACAAAGAAAGACACAAAUGCUUUGUUCGUGCCAAAGACAGUGAAACCGGUUCAGUUUGUAAGCGGCCCAUGGAAAGUACGCGUAAGCAUAAACUUCUACAAAUGUCCCCUCUCCAAUUUUGGCAGAAUAUUCCAAGUAACCAUAAUCGACCAAAUAAAUAUUUUACUGAACAAUGAGAAAUCCUUCAUCUGGCCGAUCCCUCUAAAAUCCUUUUUCGAAGUGUAUGAUUUCCAUUUAGCUGUUAGAGAAUGUAAGAAAGGAAACUUUUGCGAACUGGAGAAGACAGCAAAUGGGAAUGGAAACAAUGGAACCCUUAUAUUGAAUUGCCCUAGUUGGGGGAAGACACACAAUCUUACCGUAGCUAAUGCAUUGCUCCUUUCAGCCUACGUUGGCAUGGCUGUCGCCCAUGGUUUGUCCUACCCCAUUGUGCAUAAAUCUCCAGAAGAUUACCUAAAUAGCAGGUACAGUAAAGUUUCAAUUAGCACACCAAGGAUCCACAAACGUGUCAUAAAGUCCUACCUUAUGGAUGAGCGAGCAGAUGAAGAUCGAAAAAGUUCCCUAAAGAAGCUCAGUCUCAUCACCAACUUACUCUUCCUAGGAGGAGCAGGAAUUGCCAACGCUGCCUAUGGUAUUAAAACCCUCGUAGAUGUAGUCAAAAAUUUGAACACCAUAAAUGAGGAGUUUGAAAAUGGAUUGCCUUUCUACCCAUGGGAGUUGCGUUACCCCCAGAGCUACCUAGGCUCACAGGGGGGGGGAAUGCCUAAAGUGGAAUUCGCCAAAAAAACAGUAACCAGCGGGAAAAAAGUAGAACCGAAGGGAAAAGGAGCGAACAUGAAUCAAGUCGAAACGACAUACGAGAUGGAUUCGAGCCAGAUAAUCCAAACGGGAAACAAACAACCGAACGAGGAGGGAACCCAGCACAGCAACAAUGGGGAAAAUGACACCCAACCCAAGGAUUCCAAAACACCCCCCAACGAAAACGAACCCACCAACCUAAAAAUCUUCGAACAAAAUAUUGUGGAAAAUUAG